AUGCCUGAAUUGAGAAGUCCUGUGGGUCUGAGUUGUUUCUGCUGCCGGCCAGCCUGUUUAAAUACCGUUCCCUCCAGCUCUCUGGUUUCUGAGGUUAUUCAACUUCUGAAAGCUGGGAAAGCAAAGGAAGUUUCUUACAAUGCACUGGCUUCACAUAUUAUUGCAGAAGAUGGGGACAAUCCAGAAGUUGGAGAAUCUCGUGAAGUUUUUGAUCUUCCAGUGGUAAAGCCUUCCUGGGUGAUCUUGUCAGUUCGCUGUGGAGCUCUUCUGCCUGUAAAUGGCUUUUCUCCAGAAUCCUGUCAGGUCUUUUUUGGAGUCACUGCCUGUCUCUCUCAGGUUUCGUCUGAAGACCGAAGUACGCUGUGGGCUUUGAUUACUUUUUAUGGAGGGAAUUGCCAGCUGAGCCUCAAUAAUAAGUGUACUCAUUUGAUUGUGCCUGAGCCAAAGGGGGAAAAAUAUGAAUGUGCUUGUAAACGGAACAGCAUUAAAAUUGUGACACCAGAGUGGGUACUGGAUUCUAUAGCUGAUAAGAGUAAAAAAGAAGAGACUCCAUAUCAUCCUCGUUUAAUUAUAUACGAGGAGGAAGAAGAGGAGGAGGAGGAAGAGGAGGAGGAAGCAGAAAAUGAAGAACAAGAUUCUCAAAAUGAAGCUAGUACUGAUGAGAAAUUAUCAAGCCCAGCAUCUUCUCGAGAAGGAUCACCUUUGGGUGAUCAAGUUUUUUCACCCAAAUCUACUACUGCUGAUAAGGCAAAAGGGGAACUGAUGUUUGAUGAUUCUUCAGAUUCCUCUCCAGAAAAGCAAGAGAGGAAUUUGAAUUGGACACCAGCUGAAGUCCCACAGGCAUCUGCAGCAAAGCGUAGGUUGCCUCAAGGGAAGGACUCUGGGUUAAUUAAUUUAUGUGCCAAUGUCCCACCAGUGCCAGGUAAUAUUUUGCCACCAGAUCUGAGAGGCAAUCUAAUGGCUUCAGUCCAAGGUGCCCAAAGUUCUGAUCGACAAGACAUGAUGGCUACGUGGAGUCCAGCUGUGCGGACAUUAAGGAAUAUUACUAAUAGUGCUGAUAUUCAGCAGAUUAAUAGACCAUCAAAUGUAGCACAUCAGUCACAUCAAGCACAGCAGCAGCAGCAGCACCAUCCUCUCUUACACCUCCAACCUCAACAACUUAUGCAGCUCCAGCAGCAGCAGCAGCAACAACCCCAGAUUCCCCAGCAGACUUUCCAACAGCAGCAGCCUCAUCAGUUUCCGCAGCAGCAGCAGCAGCAGCAGGUCCAUCAGCAGCACCAGUUCCAACAGCAGCAGCUGCCGUUUCCGCAGCAGCAGUUACACGCGCAACAGCAGCUACACCGUCCCCAGCAACAGCUCCAGUUCCAACAGCAGCAUGCUCUGCAACAGCAGCUCCAUCAGUUGCAGCAGCAGCAGCUGCAGCAGCAACAACUGCAGCAGCUGCAGCAACAGAAUCUGCAGCAGCAGCAGCUGCAACAUCAGCAGCAGCAAAUGCAGCAGCAGCAGUUGCAGCAGCAGCACCUGCAGCGGUUACACCAACAGCAUCAGCAGCAGCAAAUGCAGAAUCAGGCGGCGCAACACUUAACGCAGACGUCUCAAACACUACAGCAUCAAGUUGCAGCCCAGCAGCCACAGCACCACCAGCAGCAACAGCAACAACUGCAACAGCAGCCGCUUUUUGGGCAUGAUCCAGCAGCAGAGAUUCCAGAGGAGUAUUUCCUACUGGGCUGUGUCUUUGCAAUUGCUGAUUACCCAGAACAGAUGUCUGACAAACAGCUGUUAGCGACCUGGAAACGGAUCAUUCAAGCACAUGGUGGGACAGUGGACCCCACCCUUACAAGCAGAUGUACCCACCUUCUUUGUGAAAGCCAAGUCAGUAACAUGUAUGCUCAGGCUUUAAGAGAAAGGAAGAGAUGUAUUACAGCACACUGGCUGAACUCAAUCUUGAAGAAGAAGAAAAUGGUACCACCUCAUCGAGCCCUUCAUUUUCCAGUGGCAUUUCCACCAGGAGGAAAGCCAUGCUCUCAACACAUAAUCUCUGUGACAGGAUUUGUCGAUAGUGACAGAGAUGACCUCAAACUGAUGGCCUACCUAGCGGGUGCCAAGUACACGGGCUACCUGUGUCGCAGCAAUACAGUCCUCAUCUGUAAAGAGGCCAGUGGAUUGAAGUAUGAGAAAGCAAAAGAGUGGAGAAUACCCUGUGUCAAUGCGCAGUGGCUCUGUGACAUACUGCUGGGAAAUUUUGAAGCUUUGCGGCAGAUCCAGCACAGCCGGUACACAGUGUUCAAUCUUCAGGAUCCGCUCUCUCCUAGUCAACAUCUAGUUCUAAACCUUUUGGAUGCGUGGAGAGUCCCGUUAAAGGUAUCACCGGAACUUCUAAUGGGUGUGAGGUUGCCUUUGAAACCAAAGCAAAAUGAAUCCAGUCUUCAGCCAUCAGCCAAAAGAGCAAGGAUUGAAGACCUACCACCACCUACUAAGAAACUCACCCCAGAACUGACACCGAUGGUCCUCUUCACAGGAUUUGAACCUAUGCAAGUUCAACAGUACAUUAAGAAACUGUAUAUCCUUGGAGGUGAAGUAGCAGAAUCUGCCCAGAAAUGUACCCACCUAAUUGCCAGUAAAGUGACCCGAACUGUCAAAUUCCUGACAGCAAUUUCUGUAGUCAAGCACAUAGUAACUCCAGAGUGGUUAGAAGAGUGUUUCAAAUGCCAGAAGUUUGUUGAUGAGCAGAACUUUGUGCUCAGAGAUGCUGAAGCUGAGGUGCUUUUCUGCUUUAGCUUAGAGGAGUCUCUGAAGAGAGCUCAAGUCGCUCCACUGUUCAAGGGAAAAUAUUUUUACAUUACACCUGGAAUUUGUCCCAGUCUUUCCACCAUGAAAGCUAUUGUGGAAUGUGCUGGAGGAAAGGUAUUAUCUAAACAACCUUCUUUUCGGAAACUCAUGGAGCAUAAACAGAAUAAGAGUCUGCCCGAGAUAAUCUUGAUUUCCUGUGAAAAUGAUCUUCACUUAUGUCGAGAAUAUUUCGCAAGAGCCAUAGAUGUCCACAACGCUGAGUUUGUCCUGACUGGAGUGCUUACUCAAACACUGGAUUAUGAAUCAUAUAAAUUUACUUGAUGGAUAGUAAAAUGCCUUACUGCUUCGGAAUCCUUGGAGCAUUAAAUCUAGCUGUUCAGCCAUUGUACAAAGCAACUAAAACUUCCUGUGGAUGCUGUUUUCCAGCUGUUUUCCUAGGGAUGAUGAGCAGUUUAAAGCAGGAAAGCAAAAAUAAACUGCAUCUUUUUUAGGAUGUGUAAUUUUAUUAUGCUGAAACAUAAUUUACUAUGUUUUGUAUUAUAGUACCAUUUUAAAAGAGCCCACUUUAGCUAUCACGAUUAGCCUGUUUUUAAACAUUUUAACGUAAAUGAUGGUACUUCAGCCAAAAGUGUAAUUUGGAUGUAAAAAUAAAAGGGCUUGCUAUCUAUUAAAUUAUGGAUGUUGAAGAUGAAAAUGUUUUGUACUUUAUUUUUAUUUCUUAUACUCUAUUUUCUUUUAUAUUGAUAUUUUGCCCACAUUUUAAAUAAAUGUACUUUUAAAUGUUUUACUCUAUAUUUUAGUGGUGGUUCAUUUUUUUGAAUACUGUGCAACAAUGGCACUCUGGUAAGAGUAAAUUACUCAAAUCUUUUUCUGAGCAAUGUAAAAUUAUUUUAAGAUUAUUUUACCAGGUAUGUUUUAAUACAUGAACCCCCAGUGCUUUAAAGGGAAAUCAUUGUAAAUGUAUAUAUGUGUUUUUACUGCAACAAAGAAAUAGCUUGAAGGAAGGAGAAAAUAUAAACCCGCAUAUUACGCUGUUGUGAUAACUUUGUUUGUAUAGUGAGUUUUACUAAAUAAAUAUUAAAAAACA